CGUUGCGCUUCCUUGUCCAACCACCCGCCCGCCCACUCACUCGCUUUAACAAUAUCAAAUCAGCUCCUCAAUCCUUCCUAUUUAUCGUUCCACCCUCACUAAUAAUUCGUCGCUCACCAUUACUCACAGUAAUCUGAUGCAAGGCUACCACGAGCGCGUCUCACAGCUCUCUACUACUACUACUACUCCUACUACUACUCACGUAUUAUACCCUCCACGUUCAAUAAUAUAUUAUUUCAAUAAAUGAAUGAUCAUUGUCUGCCAUUGACAUUUCCACCUCUUCGAACGUCUUUAAUUAGGAGCCACCAUGUCAACGAGGCAGGAUUUUGGCGCUCCCCGAAAGAAAGGGCUCACGACGUAUGGAAAGGCUGUUCGUAAAAGACAAUCCAAGCCGCUCGUUACUCCCAGCGAUUUUCCGCCUAUACCAGAGGAUGAUUCCGUCCCGAAGCACAAGGCCACCGUAACGCGCCGUCGACCUACGCUACUUUCAUCUCCACUACGCGAUCCUUCUUCCCCAACAUCGAGGGGCCUUGAUGCAUCGAUCGACAUAAAACCGAAACAAAAUAGCUCACGAGAUAACACCCAAAUAUCUGAUCGGAAACGUAAGAUAUCCCAGGUGUACGCGUCUAAGGGCCGAGCACAGGAAUCCUACCAGACUGGCCAGCGGGAUGUUUCCCCUGAUCACGUACGACGUCGGCCACACCCAUAUACGUCUAUUUCCACAUCUGCCGGUCCCCGCCAAACUGUACUCCCCACCUCACGACAACGACAACGCACUCGCCCAACUCCAUUAGAACCUAUGGAUACUGACACAGCCGAACCGAAACUAUCAAGUCCGCCGCCGACCCCCACAUUACCAAAGGGUUCAAGACCGGCCAAAACCACUAUCGUCAGGGCUUCAUCAGGUUCGACUUCAGAUGCAACUAUGAUGGGGAAGGUAAAGCAGGAUAUUGUUCAGCAGCGCAUACCUCUCCGCUUCGCCCGCGAAAACAUUCCGAAACCAAAGGUGCCAAGUCUGUUGUCAGAUAGAGCGGACAAUGAAGCACAGUCAACCCCUCAAUCUGUUCCAGACAGUGGCGCUAAGAAGCGAAGAAAGCGAAUAAUUGACACACUGGUUGAACAGAGGAAGGACGAUAAGGGCGAGACUGUUGAAGAGACAUUGGAAAGCCAAGAGGAGUCAAGCCAACUGACUUUAAACCGCCAAAUUAGUGACGUCUCAAUGGCAGACUCACAAUCUUUACCUCAAACUCCAAAUCGUAAACCUGCAGCAACGCAAGCAACUAGCACCAGAACUUUCACUCGCUCUAGCAGUGCACUCAAGUUUACAUAUGGCCAAGGUAGAAAAGUGCUAGAAGAGGAGGUCGAUUUACUAGAGAGUCUUGCUUUACCCGAGAUGUCAGUUCCUUUGAAGGGCAGACGCUUAGAACUUGGAACACCAAAGAAACCAGCCAAUACUAAGAGAGUCCUCGAUGAUGACGAAGAUGGACUUAGCAAUUCACCCAACUCAAAACUGCGGGAUAUUCAUGAACUAAGACAAGCUGGAGAAAAUUCUCGAGUGGCCGAUACGAUGCAAGACUUGGUCGACCAGAUUGGUUCUCCAAGCGACAAGCCUUCAUCGUCUCGAAGAGCAGCAUUGCUUCAGAUAGCAGAGAAGAUCAAGGAUAAGACAUUUAUGCGGCAAUGCCGUGACCACGGUAUUGAAGCAGCACUGCUCAAAGAUCUAGGUACAGAGACGGAUGUUAUCUCUGGAUAUCUGAUUCUAUCAAGCCUUGUGACGAUACUUGCAAAAUGGCCAUCUUCCCAUACACAACAGCUCGUCCGGCUUGGCAAACCUGCGAACCUUCUUGCUCUUCUCCUUGGUGUUACACGGGACAUCAAGGUAAUAGCACGAGAUAGGAAGAGCAACUUGUCCAAGAGAAGCCAAACCUCUCUCAUUGCCAUUCAGACUAUGCUAUACGAGCUACCCAUCUGGGGCGAAGCUCGUCCGUCGCUUAUCUCACCAAGAAGCCUCGCCCUUAAAUGUCUGCAUCUACUUAUUACGCAGAACAUCAAUGCAGCUAAAGAUCCAUCGAUCUUCUCUCCAGCUGUGAUGGAGGUUUUGUUCACGGUGCUCUCAGAGGCCGUUGAAAGUGCAGAGCACUGGGAUUAUCCAGCAGCAGCAGAAGCCAUUGACCUUGCGAACACACUAUCAAUUCUUGAUUUUUAUGCUGUCAGCUUUGACGAAUCACAUCGUUCAAAUGCUGACUGGACUACUCGAUAUUUACCCAUUGUAGCCGACGUCUUUAGCGCUUCUUCUCGAAAUGCGGUACCGGAUGCUCCAGCUCAAGAAAGUGGAAGUAAACCGCUAGAAAAAGCCAUACUGAAGCUCACCAUCAAUCUAACGAACAAUAGCCUAGAAGCGCCGGAAAUAUUUGUAUCAAAAGGACUUAUUCCUGCUUUGGCAAACUCCAUAUCUAGUAACUUUACCCGUAUUUGGGCAUCUUUAUCCGAGGAUGCUUGGGUCGACGGCAUCCUAGACAGCUUAGUUUUACGAUUGGGCAUUCUGAUCAACUUCUCCGAGAACAGCCCCCUCGUAAGACAAGUCAUCGAUGACUGCCAUCAUGAUAACCAACGGCCCGUUGACGAAUUGAUACGACUGUUCCUAGAGAACUAUCGUCGGACAGCAGAGGCCGAUUCCAUGGAGACUAGCCAUUUGAAUGUUGCCUUUGGAUACUUGUCCGUAUUGCUAGGCUAUCUUGCUCUACACCCGCCAGUGCGACAGAAGAUACGGUCAAGCCACUCGGCCAAAAGCAUCACGCCUCUGCUCGACUCUCUACGUGAGUUUAUUACUCACUACAAGAAAGUUGAGCAGAGCGGAGGUGAAGAAGAUGAUGGUCCGCAAGACCAUAGUAGUUACAUGGAGCGACUUCAGGACCUAGUACGCCAAUUGGAAGACCAAGCAAUAUAUGAUUAGUUCCGAGCUGGGGGGAUAUUGGCGGAACAAGUUGGAUGGAUUGCAUGGUUUCUUCAAAAGGCAUACAAUAUACGCAAUAUUUAUUGUUGUAGGAAAGGUUUGAUUUUAGCAUGGGAUACAAAAAG